AUGAGCUUGAUAUACUACUAUUAUCUUAUACAUAUUCCUAUUACAUUAUUAAUAGAUUCUACGGUAUUAAUACCGCCAGUUUUUGAGUUUCAGAAGGCAAUUGUAUCAUUCCACAUUGAUUUCAACAAUGAUUUUUUGUUGAAAGUACCACCAUUAUGGUUUAAGAUCUUCAUAUUUUUCGAAUUGAUUUUUCAAUUACCUUAUUUCUUUGUUUACUGUUUCCACUUGAAAGACAAACCAUCUAGGUAUAUCGGUGAUAUUAUAUAUGGAUUAAAUGCCAGCUUAACAACAUUUGUCUGUUUGAUCUAUGCUUUAAAUGAAAAAAACUAUCCAUUGAUGGGAGUUUAUGGUCCUUACUGUUUGAUUCCUUUAUUGAUUAUGAUCAAUGGUAUCAAGAAUUUGAAUCAUAUCAUAUCACCCGUAGAGUCAGAUAAGAAGUAG